ACAUGAUCUUCCUCAGGCCCCGUAUUUCAUAAAUCAGAGCGGGGCUCAGGAAGCUGACACCGUGACUCCUGGUGGAUGGGACUGGCCAGUGAGAGUUAAGCCCUGACUGAUUGCGGGCGCUCGGACUCAGUAUGGAGAAUCUCCUCGGAGUCCUGGGAUUUCUGCUGCUGGCUUCAGGACUGCCGCUCCAGGAGGCCAAGCGAUUUCGUGACGUGCUGGGCCACGAGCAGUCUCCAGGUCACGUGAGGGAGCACAACCAAUUACGUGGCUGGUCUUCUGAUGAAACGGAGUGGAAUGAAAACCUGUACCCAGUGUGGAAGAGGGGAGAUGGCAGAUGGAAGAACUCCUGGGAAGGAGGCCGUGUGCAAGCAGUCCUGACCAGUGACUCACCAGCUCUGGUGGGAUCCAAUAUCACGUUUGUGGUGAACCUGGUGUUCCCCAGAUGCCAGAAGGAAGAUGCCGAUGGCAACAUCAUUUAUGAGAAGAACUGCAGAAAUGAUUUGGGGUUCACUUCUGACCGGUCUGUCUACAACUGGACAGCAGGAGCAGAGGGUGGUGACUGGGAAGGCGGCACCGGCCAGAGCCAGCACCUGGCGUUCCCCGACGGGAAGCCCUUCCCUCGCCCCCAUGGAUGGAAGAAGUGGAGCUUUGUCUACGUCUUUCACACACUUGGUCAGUAUUUCCAAAAACUGGGUCGGUGUUCAGCACGGGUUUCGGUUAACACAGUCAAUAUGACACUUGGCCAUCAGGUCAUGGAGGUGACUGUCUUUCGAAGACACGGCCGGGCAUACAUUCCCAUCGCUCAGGUGAAAGACGUGUAUGUGAUAACAGAUCAGAUCCCUAUAUUUGUGACCAUGUCCCAGAAGAACAACCGGAACUCGUCCGCCGGAACCUUCCUCAGAGACCUUCCCAUUGUGUUUGAUGUCCUCAUUCAUGAUCCCAGCCACUUCCUCAACGACUCUGCCAUUUCCUACAAGUGGAACUUUGGGGACAACACUGGCCUGUUUGUCUCCAACAAUCACAGUUUGAAUCACACGUAUGUGCUCAACGGAACCUUCAAUCUUAACCUCACUGUGCAAGCUGCAGUGUCCGGGCCAUGCCCUUCACCCUCACCUCCAACUUCACCAACUUCACCUCCAACUUCACCAACUUCACCACCAACUUCACCAACUUCACCACCAACUUCACCAACUUCACCAACUUCACCACCAACUUCAUCACCAACUUCACCAACUUCAUCACCAACUUCACCAACUUCACCAGCUUCAACACCAACUUCACCAGCUUCACCCACACUGCCAACACCCAGCCCCUCUUUAAUGCCUACGGGUUACAACUCCAUGGAGCUGAGUGACAUUUCCAGCGAAAACUGCCAGAUAAACAGAUACGGUUACUUCAGAGCCACCCUGACAAUUGUAGAGGGGAUCGUAGAAGUCAGCAUCAUCCAGAUAGCAGACGUCCCAAUGCCCAUGCCACAGCCUGACAACUCCCUGAAGGACUUCAUUGUGACCUGCAAAGGGGCCACUCCCACAGAAGUUUGUACCAUCAUCUCCGAUCCCACCUGCCAGGUGGCCCAGAACAGGGUCUGCAGCUCCGUAGCUCUGGACGAGCUGUGCCCGCUCUCCGUGAGAAGAGCCUUCAAUGGGUCUGGAACGUACUGUGUGAACUUCACUCUGGGUGAUGACACAAGCCUGGCCCUCACCAGCGCCCUGAUCUCUAUCCCUGACAAAGACCCAGUCUCCCCGCUGAGAAUGGCGAAUGGUGCCUUGAUCUCCAUUGGCUGCCUGGCCGUGUUUGUCACCAUGGUUACCAUCUUGCUAUACAAAAAACACGAGGCGUACAAACCUAUAGGAAACUGCCCUGGGAAGAUGGCCAAAGGCAGAAGCCUGAGUGUUUUCCUCAGCCAUGCAAAAGCCCCGUUCUUCCGAGGAAACCAGGAGAAGGAUCCACUGCUGCAGAGCAAGCCAGGAAUGCCCUAAGUCUUAAGCCUUAUUUCUGACCAGGAUCCUGCUCCAGUGUGUUUCAUGAGCUGCGCAGAAGCACGUGACUGGUAACUCUCAUUUCUAAAGGAUUAUUGUAAAAUAUAAAUCAGGCUUAGGAAGGCUAGUUAAAUGGCACUUGGAGAAGGGACGAAAUGACCUAGUGUUUUGUCCCAUUUAUGUUGUGGAUUUUUUUUUUUUGUUUUUUGAGACAGGCUUUCUCUGUAGCUUUGGAGCCUGUCCUGGAACUAGCUCUGUAGACCAGGCUGGCCUCGAACUCACAGAGAUCCACCUGCUUCUGCCUCCCGAGUGCUGGGAUUAAAGGCAUGUGCCACCACCGCCUGGCUUGUGUUGUGGCUUUUACACUGUUAGCCGGAUGGACUUUCUGUGUCUGAGGACGGAGGGAGAAGUCACUGCUCCAAAAGGUCCUAGGUUAACUGUGAGAGGAGAUCACAUGCUGCUAGCUUUCCACAUAACCAUGUGCACAAACCAGUUAGUCCUGACCUGAAGACCAGGUCCAUCUAACUGUAUUUCAGCUCACUGAACAUGCCUGAGCUCCUGGCAGAAUGACAAUACAAGCUUUUUGUAUGGUGUAUGUGUGUACAUAUUAUGCUCAUUAAAAAGAUAGCCUAAUAAGCUGGUGUGAUUAUUCUAUCAGGGGGGAAACUUUUCCUGUCUAGUUGACAUGAACAUUUAUUUAGUGCUUUCUGAAUACCAACCAUGAUGUGGGACUUGAUCUUGUCCCCAGAGCUGAUGCUCUUUUGUACACAUCUGGUUCUUGGUGUGUGCUGGUGUGUGCAUGUAGAGUCAUGUGCUAUGGUUUUCUAAGGGAGGCCACUUCUUUUCCUACCAGUUUCUGUGUGAAAACUCAUACAGGAAAUAAUCAAGGCGCUCACUUCUGUUUGUAGCUCACAUCCUGUGCCAUGACAUUCUCUUUUCUACUUCCUGGAAAAAUAAAAUGUAGGAUGCGAUGA